AUGGGCGCAGCACCUAGCCGGGAAACACACCGUCGCGGACUGUUUAUCGUACCACAAUGCGCUCACAGCAAAAAGCAAGAUAUUGUGAUGAUUCCUCUCACGAAGGAGUUCUUCCCGAGCCCAAACUGUCCAUUGUUCGUGCAGUUCCACAAGGCCCGAUGCAGUGCAGCCGUGAACUACUACUUCCGACGCCCGGGCAACCCCGGUGAUCUGAGUCGCAUCCCGAACUACGCUGACGCGUUCCGCGAGGAGGGCGAGGAGAAGGGAGGGGGAGAGAAGGAGCUCGACGGGAAAGCACCCCCCUCACCGACAUCGCCGGAGGUUGGGCACGAUCUCACCAGCAGCGAGGAAACCGAAAAAGGGGCGGAGCAGGCGACCGCUGACGAGGACCAAUUCAUAGACACCGCCGGAGAUUGGGAGGCCGCAAAGGUAGGCGAAGACUCCUACCCUUCCCGCGAGGCUUUGUAUCGUGGUGUGAUUGAAUCGAUUGAGGAGACCCUUUUCGACACCGAUCAGGAGAUGCGAGAGGCGUACGCACGGGAACGCGCGCGCGGGUGCGAAACAUAUGGCACUUACAGUGCCAAGCAGCGCCGGGUGCUUCCGGUAAUGUGUGCGGUGGCCUUUCGCCAUGAAAUUAGCAAGACGGCCACCCCAGGGGAGUCGUCCCCCUCGAUGUCGACCCCUGCCCAUCCCGCGUUCGGCGCCGGAAUCGUCAUGGGGAACUGCACCGUCAACAUCGUCGGGUGCUUUGGUUUCGUAUCGGUCCAAGACGAGGUCGAGGCCGCCCACCAGGAGGGCCUUUCGACGCACCUGGGGACACCAUUAGGCUCGUCGGUGCCGAUCCCCCCGCCGCAACCCGGCUCGUGUGUGAGCAGCGAGCUCAGCAACUACGCCCCCGCCACCCCUUUGCAGAGCAUCAUGCAGGUCGGGGGUCAGUCCCUGCUAAGCUAUCCGGGUGGGAUGGCGGCCGAUGGAGGGGCGAAGGGGUUGCUUAUGACCUUACCCGCAUCCGCGGCCGCUCCCUUGGCCGCGAUGGUCUUUCUCACCAAAUCCGCGGGGGAGCAGAAGCUCUCCCACGUCACGUUCGUCGCCGCGUCGACGUACUACUUCCAGAUGAUCCAAGCAGGAGUGAUCUCGCGGCGCCCCAACUUUCCCCUCUCCGGGGCGGCCGCCUUUGGCACCUACUACGGUGGGAUGUCGCCGCCCACGGGAGACGGACCGCCACCCCUGCCCUAUCCCCCUGCCCCCCCUCCCCUUUCCCCCCCGCGCUUGGCGGCAGCCCGAUCACCGAUCUUACCCCCCCCGCCUACCUGCCCCCGAUGGCCACCUUCAGCUUCUCCAGCCUCAUCACGAAUAUCCCGGUGCUUUCGUUUCUGUACGAAAUGA